GGUUAUAGUUUACGUAUUGAAAAGAGCGGAGCGGUAGUUGCCGAAGAACUGUCGUCACAGACGCAGCCUUUCCACUAUUCUAAAAAAGUGGGUUUACACGUGUGCCCGUCGAUGUAUUUCAAUUUCAAAAUAAAUGUUACAUAAAGUAGGAAUAAGUGAUUGUGACAGUGAGAUGUUUUAGUGGGUCAUAUACUUUUGCCCUGAACCCGUCAAACUGUUAAAUUGGACGAAUGGUGAGCAACCAAUACUUCCGGGAGCUUUUUUCACACAUUUGUCGCACUUACAUACAAAACAAUGUAAUAGGAAUAUUGGUAGUUGCGAUAGUGUGAUGAGCGAUUACGAACGCAUUAGGAGAUCAUGUGUCAAACGCGGAGAAUUGUGGGAAGAUCCAGAUUUCCCGGCAACACAGUCAUCGGUAUUUUAUCAUCAAACGCCACCCUUUCAGUUCACAUGGAAACGACCAAAGGAUUUAUGCAGUAGACCAGAAUUUGUACAAGAUGGAGCAGGACAGUUCGAUAUCAUCCCUGGUAAAAUGGGAGAUCGGUGGCUGGUGUCCUGUCUUGGAGUAAUAUUCCUCAGCAAAGGACUAUUUUAUAGAGUGGUACCAGCAGAUCAAUCGUUUAGUAACGAACAAUACGCUGGCAUUUUUCGCUUUAGAAUUUGGUGGUGCGGCGAAUGGACCGAGGUUUUGGUCGAUGACCGCCUACCAACCGUGAAUGGACGGUUGGCAUUCCUUCAGGCACAGCAUGCGGACCAUUUCUGGCCGGGACUUUUAGAAAAGGCAUAUGCAAAACUGCAUGGCUCCUACGAAGCGUUAAAAUAUGGUACAUUACUCGAUGGAUUGGCAGACCUAACUGGCGGAAUAACCGAGAGCGUAAGCUUAAAACAGGACAACAUUAUGUGCACUCGGUUACUUCACAAGUUCCUGGAAAUGACGACGAUCAUCACUUGUUCUUUACAAGCACCCAAUACACAAGGACGAUCGCAAAUGGAGAAAACCUCAAAUGGUGUACAGAUUGGCACUAACUACAGACUCUACGCGGUUGAUCAGGUGGAAAAAUUCAGCGGCGAAGUUGUACAGUUAGUGAAAUUAAAAAACCCCUUAAGUCAGCUGACUGACUACAUGGGUUUUUGGUGGUCCGAUUCACAAGAAUGGUCGGAAAUACUUCCCCCUGAACAAGAACGGCUAAGACAGCAGACGCUCGAUGGAGAAUUUUGGAUGCCAUACUCUGACUUCAUUAAAACCUUCACUCAUUUAGAAGUAGUACACUUAGACAGUGACACUAGUCGAGACGAACCGAGUUUGCAUAGCAAAUGCAUGUGGCAGAUGCGUUUGUAUCAGGGAAGCUGGUUAAAAGGCGUUACUGCGGGCGGUUGUAGAAACAACCCGGAAACGUUUCACAUUAAUCCACAACUCCAUUUAACGCUUAGUGAAAUGGAGGAGGUGAUUGUUUCUUUGAACCAACACAGCAUAAUGGAACCGAAAGUGAUCGGUUUCACCGCAUACACUCUACCAAAUGACACAACGGAAAUCCUGGGAAGGGCGUUCUUUAAGAAAAACAAGUCACUAGUCAAUUCGCAAUAUACGAAUAGCCGGCAAGUUAGCCAUAGGUGCCAAUUAGAGCAGGGAAGCUACUUAAUUUUACCGACAACUUUCGAACCUAGUCAAGAGUCGGGGUUCACGUUGAGGAUUUACUCGAGUAAACCCUUGAAACUAAAGCUCUUAGAUGUAACACCGUCUUUGAUUAAGCCUGCGAUUGUUAAGGCGCCCGCGCUGCUUGACGUUAAAAGCUUUAGUCAAUAUGAAUCCGUCUUCUUGCAACUGGCAGAUGAACAUCGGACUGUGAAUGCUUUCGAGCUACAGGAGCUGUUGGAUGCGUGUCUUCCAAAUGAUUACAUUAAGAGUUGCGCCUCUACGGAAGUUUGCCGGCAAGUAGUCCUCACAUUUGACCUCUCAGGUACCGGAAGAUUAAAAUUUGCCGACUUCAAAGACUUAAUGUGCAGUUUAAAACACUGGCAAACCGCUUUCAAAAACCACACCAAAGAAAAAACUGGAAUAUUGAAGGCGGAAAGAUUACGAGACGCAAUAAUUGACGUGGGAUUUCAGUUAAGCAGCGACGUUUUAGCCGUACUCAUUCUGAGAUAUAUGCGCAAAGACGGAACUCUCCGAUUCGGAGAUUUCGUUUCUGCCAUACUACGUUUGACUAUUUCAUUCAAUGCCUUUGAAGCGAAGGACCCCUUGCAAAAUGGUACCGUUAAACUUGGUUUAGCCGAGUGGCUGAAGUCAUCGUUAACUUGUUAAUAUGCUGUUUUUUACGUACUUUUUAUUUGUAUAUAGCUAGUUGUAAUACAAAAAAUGUAAUAUUAAGUUUUUAUUCAAAAUAAAACUUGACUUAAA